CUCAUAAAGGCAUGGCACAUUUUUUUGUGGAAGGUAGACGCUAGUAGCUUUCCGUCCAUAGUAGGCUACCACCGCCCGAGCGGCCGAGUUCCCCAGCGUCUGACUGUAGGCUAAUGAUGUCCUUCCACUGAAUACGACACCGACAGUUUUGACUGCAUUGUCGCGAUUAGCUGUUCCACAUUGGGACUUCUAAACUGAAUCAAAGCUGGCUUCAGCUGUUUUACCUUUCGAUUCUGUCUUUCUAUUCGCUAGACUUCCUACUCGCCUGGCCACUCAUCUUUCCCGCAGAUCCUCUGCUGCAGUCGACAAAUAAAACCGAUUAUUCGCGGAUUGCGUUUACAUCUGGACACGCUCGGGAGAUUUGGGGCCUACUGUUAGCCUAUCUCUAUUGUAAAGAAGAAAACGUGUCUACGUGUUUUUGCGACUAUAUAAUGCCGACACAUCUGCGAUUUCGGAGAAGGUCAUUCCUUGGGCUUAUAUUCCUCUUCUCACUGUCCACCACCGCAUUGUACUUCAUCUAUUCAGCGCCUGGUAUCGUAAAUGAGUACCUGUUUAUGGUGCAGGCCACAGGGAUUCACAUCAAGGACAACGUGAAGAAUAUCGGUGUUCAGGUUCUAGAGCAGGUGGUCAGAGGUGGUUACAAUAUCAAUGGCACAGAUUAUGCCUAUGACUUCAACCUGAGUGAGAGUGAUGUGCCGCCCACCACAUACCUCCCCGACAGCUUCACCUAUUUGUCCUCACAGAUUUGCCCAGAGAGACUGCCCUCCAUGAAGGGGAGGCUGGAGGUGAAUAUGAGUGAGAUGGCUCUGGAGGAUGUGGAGAGGGUUCUGUUGAAUGCUGAGCCUAGCAUGACCCUGGGGGGCUACUGGAAGCCCAGGGACUGUGUCCCACGCUGGAAGGUGGCGAUACUGGUCCCAUUCCGAAACCGCCAUGAGCACCUGCCCAUCUUACUCAGACACCUGAUACCAGCACUACAAAGACAGAGGCUACAGUUCGCCUUCUAUGUUGUAGAGCAGGUUGGUAGUGAGCCCUUCAAUAGGGCCAUGUUGUUUAACGUGGGCUUCCGGGAGGCUAUGCGGGACCUGGACUGGGACUGUAUGGUGUUCCACGAUGUAGACCACAUGCUGGAGAACGACAGGAACUACUACGGCUGUGGAGACAUGCCUCGCCACUUCGCUGUCAAACUCAACAAGUACUCCUACAUGCUUCCGUACAAUGAGUUCUUUGGUGGCGUCAGUGGUCUAACAGUGGAACAGUUCACCAAGAUCAAUGGCUUUCCCAAUGCAUUCUGGGGCUGGGGAGGAGAAGACGACGACCUUUGGAACAGGGUGCAGUAUGCUAACUACACGGUCAGUCGGCCGCAGGGAGAGUUGGGCCGUUACAUGUCAAUCCCACACCACCACCGUGGCGAGGUGCAGUUCCUGGGAAGGUACACUCUUCUAAGGCGCUCUAAGGAGAGACAGAGUCUGGAUGGGCUCAACAACCUGCGGUACUCCCCCCUAUUGUCCCGGAGGCCUCUCUACACCAACAUAUCAGUCAGCCUGAGCAGGAAGCUAGCCCCUAUAGCAGACUAUAACUGACCAGGAAGCAGCGGGCCACACAGCCCUCCGGGGAAACGAAGUCAUUAUGGACGUCAGCCAUAUCUCACCAGUCACAGCACUCCUUAGGACUUUUUAGUUCAUUUACUUUGAUUCAGUUUUUUUAAGCAAAAAAGACAUGCAGAACGGUGUUGAUUGAUCAAUCCUCUUGACAUGUAAGGAGAAAGCCGCACUCGUUUUGUGCUGUGGUCCAUCAAUCGCUUCUAUCAUCCGAGCUUCUCCACUCUUCUAUCUCCACCGGCCCUCCACACCAUUUUGGGCCUUUAGCAUUCAUUCUUUCAUUAAUUUGUUCAGUAAGUCGUUAAUUCACUCAUGGAGACAAUGGCAACUGUAACCAUAAGGGAAACAGGAACACGUUCCCUCUAUAGGGCUGUGGUGUGGAGGGGACAGUAGUGUAGUUUGUGUAUGUGGCUGAAGGAGUUAGGUUGUACACACAAAUCUGCUGACACAGUCCCUAGGCUUUGAUUUUAUUUUGACCUUGAAUAUUUGACCUGAAUAUUUUUCAUUGACUUAUUAAACCUGUGAAAAACAGACACACACAGAGUAGGUCCUCACAGCUGGCUCUGUAUAGGACAUGGAGGGAGAGAGAGACGCUGUGGACAAAGGUAUAACAUUAGCUUGAGACUGACUUGUGUGCAGAGUGGCUGACUGGUCACAGUAGACACACCUUUAGCUAAAUAAACAUACUAGCCUAGCAAAUUGAAAAUCUUUGACAGUACAGUGUGAGAGAGAGAGAGGGAUAGCUAUGUAUGUAUGUGUGAGAGAGAGAGGGAUAGCUAUGUAUGUAUGUAUGUGUGAGAGAGAGCAGGAUAGCUAUGUAUGUAUGUGUGAGAGAGAGAGAGGGAUAGCUAUGUAUGUGUGUGUGAGAGAGAGCGGGAUAGCUAUGUAUGUAUGUGUGAGAGAGAGAGAGGGAUAGCUAUGUAUGUGUGUGUGAGAGAGAGAGGGAUAGCUAUGUAUGUGUGUGUGAGAGAGAGAGGGAUAGCUAUGUAUGUGUGAGAGAGAGAGGGAUAGCUAUGUAUAUGUGUGAGAGAGAGAGGGAUAGCUAUGUAUGUGUGUGAGAGAGAGGGAUAGCUAUGUAUGUGUGAGAGAGAGGGAUAGCUAUGUAUGUGUGAGAGAGAGAGGGAUAGCUAUGUAUGUGUGAGAGAGAGAGGGAUAGCUAUAUGUGUGUGAGAGAGGGAUAGCUAUGUAUGUGUGAGAGAGGGAUAGCUAUGUAUGUGUGUGAGAGAGAGGGAUAGCUAUGUAUGUGUGUGAGAGAGGGAUAGCUAUGUAUGUGUGAGAGAGGGAUAGCUAUGUAUGUGUGAGAGAGGGAUAGCUAUGUAUGUGUGAGAGAGAGGGAUAGCUAUGUAUGUGUGUGAGAGAGAGGGAUAGCUAUGUAUGUGUGAGAGAGAGAGGGAUAGCUAUGUAUGUGUGAGAGAGAGAGGGAUAGCUAUGUAUGUGUGAGAGAGAGAGGGAUAGCUAUGUAUGUGUGAGAGAGAGAGGGAUAGCUAUGUAUGUGUGAGAGAGAGAGGGAUAGCUAUGUAUGUGUGAGAGAGAGAGGGAUAGCUAUGUAUGUGUGAGAGAUAGAGGGAUAGCUAUGUAUGUGUGAGAGAGAGGGAUAGCUAUGUAUGUGUGAGAGAGAGAGGGAUAGCUAUGUAUGUGUGAGAGAGAGAGGGAUAGCUAUGUAUGUGUGAGAGAGAGAGGGAUAGCUAUGUAUGUGUGAGAGAGAGAGGGAUAGCUAUGCACAUGGGCUUUUCAGCAUCCUGUUUUCACUGCUUUGAGGGAUUUCUGAUGUCAGACACAUGUUUAGUGAGUUUCCUAAACUGAAAUGUUCACAUCAUGUCAUGCAGUUUAAGCCUGUCUCCCAAUUCACACUCUUUUCCCUAUAGGCCUGUGUGUUCCAAAAUCAUGUAUAACACUGUAUAGGAAUAGGAUGAUGUUUGAGAGGCAGUCUAAAACUAGAGACACUGUUCUAUCCCCUUUACCCUAAACAGAAAUGUUUAUUCAUCUAUAGGGUCAUUUGUGAUGGAGCCUGCAGAGGCACUUUCACUAGUGUCUAUUUAAAGAGACACUGCACUGUGUUUGCAGCUGCUUUGUGUAAUGUCAUUCUGACGUUGGUUAGACACCGUGGCAACGCUUUCCAGCCCCCCCCCCCCCCCGUCGUCCUGCUGGACUAUGAUGACGGUGCCCUUAGGCACUGCUCAAAGGUCAGAAAGUAACUGCAGACACAGAUUAAGUCAUUAGCAAGUGGUUAAUCUUUAGCCGGUGUGUAUGUCUGUGUGUGGGAAAAGUCUGAAAACUGGCUUUUGUGUUUGGGUGGUAUGCUACAUGAGACCUCACAAACUAAGGUACAUUCACCACUCCAAAUAUCUCCAGCAAUUCCAGCCCUUCGUCUUCUCGUCUGUGCCGAUAUGUGUAUUUUUGUAUUUGUAGUUUUUAAGGAUCCCCAUUAGCUGCUGCUAUGGCAACUCUUCCUGGGGUCCAAACAAAUGAAGGCAAAAAUAAAACGGUACAUCAUACAACAUUAUUACAGUAGAACAUUUAUAAUCCCAUCGUGUGUGUGUGUGUGUGUGUGUGUGUGUGGCAGUGUUUGAGUGAAUUGGUUUUGUCACAGUACUGAAGUAACAUCAAAUGUGGUCCUACUGUUGUCUCUGUUCAAAGGCCUAUAUUCCAACACACCGGCCCCUCCAUGUCUUGGUGUCUCCAUAGCUUUAAUAUACUGAUAGUUCAUUUCACACUCAUCGCCUUGUCAAAUCAUUGACUUUCUUCAGAUUUAUCAUUGGGGGAAAAAGUUUUUUUGUGUUCCCAUGAUAUGACGGAGGCGGGACCUCCUUUUAUUUAUUUAAUCUUUUAAAGAUGACUUCCUGUGAUUGAUUGAUUGAUUGAUUUUGUUGUGGUGAUGAUGAUGAUUCAGUAAACUUGCUGUGAGACAGGCUGUGUUAGAAGCACUGAAACUUGUGGUUGUGAGAUUGAAAGUUCAACCUGUGUGGAAAGAUGUUCCAAAUUAACCCCUGCCCCUAAACUCUAUGCACUUAGAUCGGAAACAAUUAGCAAAAUGGUAACGGCUCCACCAUGCCUUUUUUUAAAUGCUAGUUGGAAUGUCUGCUAUAUUGCUUAUACCUGUCCAAUCCACUUGGAUCUACACACAUGCAUAGAGAUUAGGAUCUAGAGAUUAAUUUGGGAUUUUAUAUGUUCGUUAAAUCAGCUGAACCGGCAAUGUAGACGUAGGCCAUUUUGUGUGACGACCACAGGAAGAGGAAGACACCUAAUUAUAAAGUCACUUCCUCCUGCUAAGCACCUUCUGUUUCUUCAUCGAUAAUCAAUGGUGCUGAUCUGCUUGCCCUUCGAUUGGGGGAGCCACUCACUACAUGCUGCCUGGGAACCAAUCCUGUGUGUAGAUAGCUACAGGAAGUACCCCUCUUAUUGGUUCAUCCUUCCUCUUUUUAAUGUCACCCAACUAGAAGCAUGUGUUUACUUACCUACUGUGGCCAAUCAUGUUGGAGGUGCUUAGUGGAGAGUUGUUGACAUUAGCUGCUAGUUUCUCUAAAGUCUUCCUCUUCGAGUGUGUUUGAUUGAAAUGGUGGAGCCUGUCAAUGCCAGGGUCCCAGGUGUCAUUUACAAGAGGUUGUUGUUUUUUGUUUGUAAAUAUUUAGGUUUUGUUUGUUUUCAAGCUCUGCUCUGCUCAGAGAGCCUGAGGUUGUAGGCUGGAGUGUUCUGAUUCGAGCCUUAAGGUUUCCACUACUGCUGGAGGAGGAGAGGAAUAAAACCCAGUAGUAGUGCUAACCUGAGGCCUGGGUGUGAAUCACCCUGUUGUCUGUCACUUCUAGGUUAACCCCAGACCUUCAAGGUAAGUCCCAGUCCAGACCCGAGGCCUGCAGCCUCUGGUUCUGUUCCUUUGCCUUGAACCAGUGAGUGACCUAGACCUGGGAAACCAAGUAAACAUGUACUGCAGUAUACUGUCUUGUCAGUGACAUUGGUUGGUCUUUACAGUGCUGCAGCUCUCGAGGAUUAGGACUGGGGACACCUUGGUUUAGGCAUGGUCUUACGUCAGAUAGCCCAACGAUCGUCUUAACGGCGUGUCCCGUUAGAAUAACGGCAUCUGCCGGAAGACAAUGGGGUUUAGAUUGUUGUUCAAACUGAUCCUGUGUCAGUGUGGUAAGCCCAGAGCUCAGCCAGGGUGUGCUGCAAUGCCCUGGUCUUGUCAGGCUCCUCUCUGACCGAGCAGAGCCAUGAUCUGAUCCAUUCUGUGCCAGUCCAAAUGAAGGGCUCAGUGCUGCUCCGCCCUGGUAUGACUAGCCACUGUUAUUAUUCUGUCUAGAUGUACAUGUAGCAGACUGGAUAAUCAUGGAGGCUAGUCGUCUCAGAGAUGAGCACUGACGCCCUGACAGACUGGCAAGCCUUAAUAAAAACCUCUUUAAUUUAUUUCACUGUUUUCACACGCUUACAUUUUUUAUGAGCAAAUCUAUUUAAAUUGAUGGAAAAGGUGCAUAUAAGAUAAAUGUCCACUCUGUAAAUAUUAUUAUGUCUAGUGUUAUUGAAAAGAGAAAUUAAAGGUCUUAAAUCCCUACAAAUGCUUAACGAACAAGGGGUUCCGCUGAGUUCCUUCUGGUGCCAUGGACCUACUUACCCUCAUAAAGCGCUACAUAAUCACUUUCACAUUAUUGGUUCCAAACUCAUUGUAGAUAAGGAAUAAUGUAAGGGUUAGUCCAUCAGCAUUAGAACCCAUCAGCAUUCUGGAGUAGUUCCCAUUGUCAUGAAGUAGAUGAUGUGGGUCAUCUCAGUAGUCUAAAGUGGUAAGGUGUAGCUUAUAGGCAGUGCUUGACUUGGAGAGGAGCUCACCGGAGCCGCGUACCGGCACCUCAAAUGUUCUCCUGCUUGAGCUCCUGUUCCUCUUACAGAAUAUCAGCUCAAAAGUAUUGUGGAGCUCCUGCACCUAAAUAUAAACAGUACCGGCACCCAAAAUGAGUACCGGGAACCUACUUCAGUCCAAGUCAAGUACUGCUUAUAGGGUAUAGGGAGAACUAAAUCAGCCAAAAACACCAUUAUGUUUAUAGUAAUGGGACAAGGAAGCGAAACCAUGUUCCAACUCCAGAUUAUACACCCCCAAAAUGUGUUUUUGUAUAAAGGCAAAUUAAAAGAUGAAUAAAUACAUGACUAUAUUACUCAUAUAUCUUUCUCUGAUUGUAAGGACUUUAUUUCUCCUUGAAUUGAAGCCACUUGUAAAACUCGAUGUCAGCCUUAUGUCUGUCUGUCUGUCUGUCUGUCUGCAUUAUCUUUUGUAUGAUUUUUUUUUUUUACCAUCGUUAUUGUCAAAGUACACCAAUAAAAUUAACUUUAAACGAU